AUGUUCCAGAAACGUAUCGUCGUUCGUGACCUGGGUCCUGUUCUUAUCAAGUGUCAUGAGGUGACUGAAUGGAGUAUUACUGUAGAUACUCCAGAGUCGGGCAUCUUCAGUGACAACACCACCUUUGUACUGAAUCCUGAAGAUGAAAAUUGGGCUCUCUAUGUCAAAAGUGAAUACUUUCGGUCCAACAUUGAUGAAAGCCAGGUGGAUGUUGCUCUUACACCUGACGCUCAAUUCCUUGACGUCGAGACCUGUAAGCCUAUUACGAGUAUUUGGUUCGAUCUAUGGAAUUGUAGUCCUACCGGUGUUCACUCAGGUGCUGACGGCCAAGGCAACGAAAUUCAAGAAACAAAUGAUUAUCAUAUGAUUCAGUUCAAAACUAUCGUCCCCAGUAAUCACUCUGGACGUACUACAUAUCACCGUGUCGUAACUCAUAUCGGCGAUCUCUCUCAGUUAUCGAACAACACCAUCUCGGGCGGUACUGUGGCACAUAUUGGUCAGCUCCUCUGGGACCAAGAUCUCAUUCAUGACAUCGAGGCCAUUUCCCCUUAUAAUACAAAUGAUACCACCAUCAUCACCACCUCAACUGAUUGUGCGUUCGAUGAUGAGAUUGAGAAUGCAAAAUCAGAUCCUAUUAUUAACUAUAUUAAAGUUGGAGACACUAUUGAAGAUGGUCAAUCAAUCAGCUUCUCACGUACAACUGCAUAUGGAACACACGGGUAUUUGGAACACCUGUGUAAUCCAUAUAAAAUGGCCCUUUUUAAAAUCUUAAUAUCUCAACAAAAUUAUAUGAGAAUUAUAGUUCAGAAUUUAGUAUAUUAUUUACAUAACAGUAAAAGAAUAUAUGAUUAA